CAUUCAACUGGUAAAUGAAGUAUUAACGUUUUCUGGAAAUCUUAAAAUUCAGGAGAUUAUUGUAUUUCUUCAACUUGAUUAGUGAAAUUCACUCAACUUUGAAUAGAUGAGUGCACAAAAGUCCAGUACCAGUGGUUCCAUGAAAUUCGCAAUGUGAGUUCAAAAUAAACCAAUACUGUUCGAGGUUCUGUCAAAAUGGCAACCGUCACAAUCAUAUUUGUACUCUCGCUUGUAGGGAUUUUGGAAGCCGUGACUAUAAGCAAUCACUCUUUAGGAGAAUAUUCUUUUAUGGCCCUCAUCGGUACAUACACUGAUCAGAAUUUUCAGUUCACUUCUGCCUGUGCUGGUUGCGUUGUAUCGAAAAGAUUCAUCCUCACCACAGCACACUGCUUCAGACCAGAAGAGAACUGGGUUGCUCUCGUGGGUACAGUGGCACACGAAAAAUACGCAGCUAAUAUAGAAAAGUGGCUUCUACACCCCCACUACAUUUCCACAGUUGAUGGAACGUACAACGACAUCGCCCUGGUAGUCACAGAAAAAUACAUAGACUUUGAAAGAUAUCUAGUGAGACCAAUAACCAUUAAGAAACUCCCCCAAGACCUACUAGAGUACGACAUGAUCUGUCAAAUGGUUGGUUGGAAGACCGUUAAACCAGAGUCGCUGACAGUAGAUCAAACAUCAAGCGAUUACAUCAAACAAGCCAACGACCUAGCAAUCAUCUACAGCCUUGAGAAGAUCUUUCUGUCUACUCAACAGUGCUCGUCGUUAAUGGAAUUAUUACCAGAUGUCAGUCUGAUGCCUGAUGAGAGUUUUCUGUGUGUGAGGCACAGCGAUGAUUUUGUCAAUGAAUCUCAGUACGGCUUCAUCGGAAGCCCCUUGAUGUGCAAGGAGGAAGUUCUUGAUGAAGAAUGGAAACUGAUAGGCUUGAAGCUGAACCAGAGGAAUGUAGAAAACGGCCUCCCGGAGUUCUUCCUUAACAUCCACAUGUUUCAGGAGUACGUGAUCAACAGGAUGGAAAACUCUGACGUUGAACCGUUCAAAUAUUUCUGUAUCGUUAACAUUUGUAAUAAGAAGUUUUCUGUUUCUGGGGAGCAUUGUUUAGUUGGAAAUGUUAAGGAUUGUUUCAAUCUGGAAAUGCCACGAAAGUUUUAUUUUCCGUUCAGAUCGAAUAGUGGGAAAAUAUUUGAGGUGAUGUCCCAGAUAUUCUAUACUAACGUAGCAAUUCCGUUGAUGUUUGGGAGAUUGUUGAUUAAAACCAUGUAAUUAUUAUUGUACCUUAAUUAUUUUAUUUUCGAAUUUACGAUUAAACAAUUUUGUAAACUUACGAUGAAACAAAUAAAACAAUUAUAAACUGUACUGAAGAAAAACUAGAGUCUCUCGAAUAAAUUGGUAUUGAAAAAAAAAUGAA